AUGUCUGCAGUCCACGUUUCCAAUAUUUCGUCUUCCACAAGUGAGAAGGAGGUGCGGGACUUCUUCAGCUUCUGUGGAAAAAUUACUUCCCUCUCACUCACUCCAUCCUCUGGUGAUAAGGAUGCCCCGCAAUCUGCAACAGGCUCCUCAUCUGUCCACGUCACUUCAGCACGCUCCAUCGACGAAAUCGCAGGGGACAAGGCCGCCGAUGCAUCAGAAGCCAAAGACGAGAACAACAAUACCUUGGAGCAAGAGGACAAGCCUCGCUCCAGAAUCUUUGCCGAAUAUCUUGCCCAGGGCUACGUUAUCAGCGACAACGCUAUUCAAAAGGCCAUUGAGAUCGAUAAAAAGCACGGCGUGUCGAGCCGCUUCCAGGCUGCGUUGGCCAACUUUGACAAGAGGUACCACGCCACUGAUAAGGCCAAGGGUAUUGAUGAGAGCUACAAGAUUUCUGAGAAGGCAGAGCGUGGAUGGAAAGGACUCAGUUCGUACUUUGAGAAAGCUCUUGAUACGCCAACGGGUCGCAAGAUUAGGGAUUUCUACCUGAAUAGCGAUAAGCAGGUGCGGGAUAUUCAUAAUGAGGCUCGGCACCUAGCGGAUAUGAAGCGGGAGAAAUCGCCAACUGGCGAAGGUGGAGAACAUUCCACUUCAGCUGGAGGUGAAUCUGCUACUACUGCAUCUGUCCCGGCUGCUACUGAGUCCAAGACUUAA